AUAGUGUACCGUCUUUGCCCAGACGGUCACGGCAUCCAUCAAUCGUUUCUGUCAGUUUAACCAAGUUCCCUUUGUUUGCGGACGUGAUGGACUCUAGCUGCGUUUAAAACCAGAACAGAUGUGACUAAUUGUUUGUUUCUUUCCGAGUGUUUUUAUUUUUUUAGUUGGUUGGAUGCUCAGCCAAGACAAGAUGAACAAGAGAGAGGAUGCAUAGUCCCUGAGAUUUUUUUGUGGUCCACUUGUAAAAUAACCAACCUGUUAUCUGUUUAUGUUGGCUUUUUGUUGCACUCGAGGACUGGAGUCCACAACCGUCGCUCUUUGAAAGUAAUGAUCUCACGAUACAAACCGGAUGUGAAAGAGAGGAACUACGAGAGCGGAGGUCACGUUCAAACUCAUCGAGACCUGCCGCUGGAAAUACAUCAGUGUCCUACAAAAGAAACAACAUGCUCUGAGAGAUUCUCUCUCCUUUUUUCUUGUUGUCCUCCUCCUCCUCUUUUUCCCCUUUUUUCCUCCUCCUUUCCUGUGGUGAGUUUCCCCCCCGUAGAGCCCCGGUUCCAACAUGUCCUUGGCGUUCUGUGGGAACGAGAACAACUCGUUGGCGUACAACGUGGACAGCGGCGUUCUCAACAACGGCUGCUUCCUGGACGCGCUCAACGUGGUGCCGCACAUCUUCCUGCUCUUCAUCACCUUCCCCAUCCUCUUCAUCGGCUGGGGCAGCCAGAGCUCCAAGGUGCACAUCCACCACAGCACCUGGCUGCACUUCCCUGGUCACAACCUGCGCUGGCUCCUCACCUUCGUCCUCCUCUUCGUCCUGGUCUGUGAGAUCGCAGAGGGCGUCGUCUCCGAUGGGUUCACCCAGUCCCUCCACCUGCACCUGUACAUGCCUGCAGGCCUGGCCUUCAUGGCGGGGAUCACCUCCAUCAUCUACUACCACAACAUCGAGACCUCCAACUUCCCCAAGCUACUGCUAGCCCUACUGUUCUACUGGGUCUUGGCCUUUCUGAUGAAAACCAUCAAGUUUGCCAAGUACACGGAGCACGGCAUCGGCCUGAGACAGCUCCGCUACGGCAUCACAGGACUCCUGGCCCUGCUCUACGGACUACUACUGGCUGUGGAAAUCAACGUCAUACUGGGCAGGCGCUACCUGUGUUUCACUGAGGCUACGGAGGUGAAACCCCCAGAGGACCUGCAGGAUCUGGGGGUGAGGUUCCUGCAGCCCUUUGUCAACCUGCUGUCCAAGGCCACUUACUGGUGGAUGAACACCUUCAUCACAGCAGCCCACCGCCGCCCCAUCGACCUCAAGGUCAUCGGCAAGCUGCCCAUCGCCAUGCGAGCCCUCACCAACUAUCUGAAGCUCCGCAAGGCUUUCGAGAGUCAGAGGAGGCCUCUGGGCUCCAUGCCGCAGGACCCUAAGUGGAUCUGGAGGGCCCUAUGCCAGGCGUUUGGACGUCCCCUCAUCAUCAGCAUCACCUUUCGCUUCCUGGCUGACCUGCUGGGCUUCGCUGGGCCUCUCUGUAUCUCUGGCAUCGUCCACCACAUCAGCAAGGAGAAUCGCACCAUACAGCCCCCGAUAAAGCUGCUGGGGGUCUACUUUAUCUCCUCUCAAGAGUUCUUGGCGAAUGCAUACGUGCUGGCCGUGCUGCUGUUCUUUGCCCUGAUCCUGCAGAGAACCUUCCUCCAGGCCUCGUAUUAUGUGGCCAUCGAGACGGGCAUCAACUUACGAGGGGCUAUACAGACUAAGAUCUACAACAAGAUCAUGCGGCUGUGCACCUCCAACAUGUCCAUGGGAGAACUGACAGUGGGACAGAUCUGCAACCUGGUAGCCAUAGAUACCAACCAGCUCAUGUGGUUCUUCUUCCUCUGUCCCAACCUGUGGGCCAUGCCAGUCCAGAUCAUUGUGGGGGUUAUUCUGCUCUACUACCUCCUGGGGAUCAGUGCUUUGAUUGGGGCCACAGUCAUUGCUGUACUGGCCCCUGUCCAGUACUUUGUGGCCACCAAGCUGUCCCAAGCACAGAAGAGCACCCUGGAGUACUCCAGUGAGCGGUUAAAGAAGACUAAUGAGCUGCUGCGAGGCAUCAAGCUGCUGAAACUGUACGCCUGGGAACACAUCUUCUGUCACAGUGUGGAGGAGACCAGGGGCAAGGAGCUCACCAGCCUACAGGCCUUCGCCCUGUACACAUCCAUAUCUAUAUUCAUGAAUGCAGCCAUCCCUAUCGCUGCUGUCCUGACUACGUUUGUGGUCCAUGUGCACAUCUCUGAGGAGGCUGACCUGUCACCUGCUGUGGCCUUCGCAUCCUUAUCCCUGUUUCACAUCCUGGUCACUCCUCUCUUCCUGCUCUCCAGCGUGGUGCGAUCCACAGUCAAGGCCCUGGUCAGUGCCCAGAAGCUGAGUGAGUUCUUCAGUAGUGAUGAGAUUGGAGACGAGCAGGAGCCCAACGCUACCAUGCCCGCUGGCCCCAGCAACCACAACAGCAAGUACCAGGCUGUGUUGUCCUUUAAAAAGCCUAAGCCAUGGCCUGUUCCCUCCCUGCGCCCCUCCCAGCCCCUGAAGGUGGUGAACAGGAAGAGGCCCCCCAGGGAAGACUGCUGGAACAACUACAGCCAGAAGGGAGGCGACCCGCCCCCCCAGGAGAGGGACCAAGAGCUCUGCUUCAGGAUAACCAGCGGAUAUUUCACCUGGACAGAUGGACCUCCCACCCUGUCUAACGUAGACAUCAAGGUUCCGUUCGGUCAGCUGACUAUGAUCGUGGGCCAGGUGGGUUGUGGGAAGUCGUCCCUGCUGCUGGCAGCUCUGGGAGAGAUGCAGAGAGUCUCUGGGACUGUCACCUGGAACAGUUUUCCCAACCUGGACUCUGAAGGCGAUGAGAGGUAUGUGUCUGAAGGAGACGAGAGCCCCACAUCAGACAAGGAUGCAGCUGGUGAUGGGGAUAUCCAGAAGAGAGGCUCUGUGGCUUAUGCUUCCCAGAAGCCCUGGCUGCUCAACGCGACGCUGGUGGAGAACAUCACCUUUGAGAUGCCCAUGAUCAAACCCAGGUACAAGGCUGUCAUCGAGGCGUGUUCCCUGCAGCCGGAUAUCGACAUCCUGCCACAGGGAGACCAGACGGAGAUCGGAGAGAGGGGUAUAGUUCUAUCUGGAGGGCAGCGCCAGCGUAUAGGUGUGGCCAGAGCCCUGUACCAACAGGCCAACGUGGUCUUCCUGGAUGACCCGUUCUCAGCGUUGGACAUUCACCUGAGUGACCACCUGAUGCAGGAGGGCAUCCUCAAACUGCUGAGAGAAGAGAAGAGGACUGUGGUGCUGGUCACUCACAAGCUACAGUACCUACCCCACGCUGACUGGAUCGUAGCGAUGAAGAACGGGACCACUCAAACCGAGGGGACUCUGAAAGACAUCCAGAACUCUGAACCGGAGCUAUUUGAGCAGUGGAAGACCCUGAUGCACCGGCAGGACGGAGAGUUUGAGAAGGAGACAGUGCCUGAGAGUAUGACGGUGUUGGAGCGCAAGAACCUGCGGAGAGCCAUGUACUCCAAAGAGGCCGCCAAGACUGAGGAGGAGGACAAAGGUGUCACCCCGGUGUGGACUGAGACAACCCCAGCGCAGGGUGCCGCUGCUCUUGUAGACGUGGCAGAAGAGUCUGUGGACAGUGACGAGGAUGACAAUCUGUCCCAGGCCAUGCGUCACCGCACCACCAUCCCCUGGCACUCCUGUGGGGUCUACCUGUCCUCUGCAGGGCUCCUCCUGCUGCUGCUGCUCCUCCUAUCACAGCUCUUUAAACACUCCCUCAUGGUUGCCAUCGACUACUGGCUGGCCCACUGGACCUCCCGCGUCAUCAAUGCCAAGAUGGAAGCCACCGGGAGGAACUGCACCGUCGUUCAGGAGUGUGGGUUCAGCCACUCGUGGUACCUGUCGGUGUUCAGUGUGUUGUGCUGUCUGGGCAUCGUUCUGUGUCUGGUCACCUCUGUGGCCGUUGAGUGGACAGGCCUGAGAGUGGCCAAAGAACUACACCACAACCUGCUCAGCAAGAUCAUACUGGCCCCUAUGAGGCUGUUUGAGACCACUCCCCUGGGCAGCAUCCUCAACAGGUUCUCCUCUGACACCAACACCAUAGACCAGCACAUCCCUGCCACCCUGGAGUGUCUGAGUCGCUCCACCCUGCUGUGUGUGUCGGCCCUGGGGGUCAUCUCCUACGUGACCCCUGUGUUCCUCAUUGCUCUGGUGCCUCUGGCCAUCGCCUGCUACUUCAUACAGAAGUACUUCCGGGUCGCUUCUAGGGACCUCCAGCAGUUGGAGGAUAGUACCCAGCUCCCUCUCCUGUCCCACUUCUCAGAGACAGUGGAGGGCCUCACCACCAUCCGGGCCUUCAAGUAUGAGCCCAAGUUCAGACAGAGGUUACUGGAGUUCACUGAUGCCAACAACAUCGCCUCCCUCUUUCUCACAGCAGCCAAUCGCUGGCUAGAGGUCCGCAUGGAGUACAUAGGUGCCUGUGUGGUUCUGAUAGCAGCUGUGGCCUCCAUCUCUAACUCUCUGUAUAACCACCUCUCCACUGGCCUGGUAGGACUAGGUCUCACCUAUGCACUCAUGGUGUCCAACUACCUGAACUGGAUGGUUCGUAACCUGGCAGACAUGGAGGUUCAGCUGGGUUCAGUCAAGAGAAUCAAUGGUCUGCUGCAGACUGAGCCUGAGAACUAUGAAGGACUGCUCACUGCAUCUCAGGUGCCGGAUGGCUGGCCACAGCAGGGGGAGAUUCAGAUUGAGAACCUGAGUGUGCGUUACGACACCACCCUGAAACCUGUCCUCAAACAAGUCAACGCACACAUCAGCCCUGGGCAGAAGGUGGGGAUCUGUGGCAGGACAGGAAGUGGGAAGUCUUCCUUCUCCCUGGCCUUCUUUCGCAUGGUCGACAUGUUCGAGGGGCGUAUCAUCAUAGAUGACAUUGACAUCGCCAAGCUGCCUCUGCAGACCCUGAGGUCUCGAUUCUCCAUCAUCCUCCAGGACCCCAUCUUAUUCAGCGGAACCAUCCGGUUUAACCUGGACCCAGAGAUGAAGGCUACUGAUGACAUGCUGUGGGAGGCUCUGGACAUCGCUCAGCUAAAACCUGUAGUCAAGACCCUACCAGGAGGACUGGACGCCACAGUGACAGAGGGAGGGGAGAACUUCAGCCAGGGCCAGAGACAGCUCUUCUGUCUGGCCAGAGCCUUCGUCAGGAAGUCUAGCAUCCUCAUCAUGGACGAAGCCACAGCCUCUAUAGACAUGGCCACGGAAAGCAUCUUACAGAAGGUGGUGAUGACUGCCUUCGCUGAUAGAACAGUGGUUACUAUAGCACAUCGUGUCCACACCAUCCUGAAAGCAGACCUGGUGAUCGUGAUGAAGCGAGGGCUCAUUCUAGAAUACGACAGACCCCAGGCGCUGCUGGAGAAAGAGGACAGUGUCUUCGCCUCCUUCGUCAAGGCGGACAAGUGACCGAGGAGAAAGAGGGGAGGACAUUCCAAAGUGCAAUUGUACCAUGGGCUAUAUAUUAUAAUUUUAUUUUCUAAUUAUGUAUGAUAUUCGUAACAUUAAAUAUGAAUUAUUUGUUAAUAAAAAAAAAACAUAAAUA